AUGGAGCCCCGCGGGUGCGCGCCGGGCCGCGGCGCCGCGCAGGCCCCGCCGUGGCCCCCCGGGCCCUACUGCGCGGCGGCGGCGGGCGGCGGCUGGGAGCGCGCGGGCGCCGCGCAGGGAGUGGAUUCUCCCUACACGAAUGGCACGUAUGGCACCCCGUACCCCUCAGCUCCUGGAUCUGCUCCACGCUACACCAGCCUGCCGCAAACACAGACUUACUAUUCCUCCGGGCCUCCACGGACCCCCUACCCUGCGGAGUCCCCGGGCUUGUACAGGCCCCCUUCGCCCGCUCCUCCUUGGAGCUACAGCCCACCAGACUGCCCAUCAGAAGGCUCCUCUCUUAGGCAACAGCAAGUUCCUGGGUACUCCUCACCACAGACUCCAGGAAUGCCUGUCCCACAGUAUCCCUACGGAGAAGCCAACACAGGCGUUACCCCGCAGGGGCCCACACCACAGCCCAGACCCCAGGAGGAAUCGUGGGCUCCCUCCGCAGUCUAUGGGAUGCAGCCGCGUUACGGGUGGCAUGCUGCUUCGGCACAAGGGAACCCGUUCGUCUCCGAAUCGCAUCCAUCCUGGACUGGCAGUGGAGUCCCUCCUUGCCCUCCCUCUCGGGACUCAAAGGAUUCUGCUUAUGACAAAUCCGAGCAAAGUGCAAACCAGCAGAACUACUAUUCUGAUGUCAGUCACCAGCACUCUGGGACAAUGAAUGAUCACAAGGCGACUCCAUUCAAUGCCAAGCCAUCCCUUUCAAACCCCAAAGUGCAGUACAGUGCACAGCCCCAAAUGUAUGAUAAUGUAACUCGGAAACUUUCAGCUGGGCAUCAGGAGGCAGGCUGUAAAGCUGGUGACCAAUCUUCAACAAAUUCAGCACCCAUCCCACCAGAGAUUCAGAGAAUCCUACACGUUACAGAGGAGGCUGAACAACUAGAACAAGAAGUGGAUGAAUUUGUAGGAAAAAAGACAGAUAAAUCCUACCGUCUUCUGGAAGAGAUGUUGACCAAGUUGCUGUUGGAACUGGAUUCCAUAGAGACUGGUGGUCAGGACAGUGUUCGGCAGGCUAGGAAAGAAGCUGUCCACAGAAUUCAGGCCAUACUGGAAAAACUGGAAAGAAAGGGACUGUGAAAGUAUUUCAGUCACAAUACACAGCUUGUUGUUGAGGUCCCAAAGAAUUUUAGUUCUGUUAAAUCUCAGUUCUUUCUCUCAAGUCCUAUUGACAAUGAAAAAGCAAUAAACAAUCAUUUAAAAAUAAUAAUAAUAAAAGCCCAUGCCCAGCAACGGACAAAUAAGAGAGGAUUGAAGCGGCAAACUAAUUGUUUGGUCCAGGCUAUGGAAAAGCAGCACCAGUUGAAGUACUCUGCCGUUGUAGAGGUCUCUCUGGGGUAUCCACGUGCUUUUCAUCAGCAGGAGGGAAAAUCACUGUACAGAAUAAAGUUCUCAAUACCAGGCCCAAUCUGUAGGUACCUCCUGGAGCCACAGCAGUUCUUUAAAUAGCAGGAAUGCGUGUCAAAUUUUGUCACAAAGGUAUUGCAGUAUGCAGCCAUAAAACAAGAUUCUGGGCUUGUCAACUGCUGCGUGUAUUUUCAGCUUAUAUCCCUGCCAUGAAGACUGCUGUGUGUUGUCCUGGGGUUUGUUUGUUUUUUAGUGCACUCAAGUAGCUGCAUUGAAGUGCUACAAGAAGUGACCAUGCUGGCAGCCCAGUCAGCACAGCAGCUCAAGGGAAUGUCACGUCACACAGUUUCUUCUCUAUUGUAAAGAGCUAUUCUGUGAUGGUUUGUAUGGAAAUAGGAACACAGACUGGAACUCUCUGAAUCCUGCCACUGAAAAAGACAGGUAUAAACGGGAGAACAAUGUGAUAGAGCAGCCCUAAACAGUAGGAUGUUUGGAAAUGCUUUUUCAGGUCCCUUGGGUAAAGAUCCACUUUUUAAUUGUAAUGUCCUUUCAUAUACUGCAAGUUUUGUAUUCCACUGCAAAUACCAUACUCGGUGGCUCUGUACAAUACACGGGAAGAGCUCAGUGUACUAUUAACCUUCUGGUUACAAUAUGUUAAGUGAGUCAUUAGCGUGUGUGACAAGAUAAUAAACCCUGACAACUUUUAAAUGU